AGCCUCCAUGUUACUUACACCGUUCACACAUUGAUUAAAUGACUCCUGCUUGCUACUGUACCCAGAGGGAAGCUAGCUAGCUGGCUAGCUGGCUAAGCAACCGAACUAACCCAGUUCACAACAGCGGGCGUUACAUCACUUUGGGUCGUGUCCCACCUGGGAAAUAACGACCUGGAGGGACAUACUUUUAUCAAUAGACACAGUAGACGCUGUGACAUUAGCAUGGCACACUGACCUGACGAAUUAAAACAAAAAAAAGUGAAAGCUAUAAAUAGUGACUUAGCAAAUUUUGUUUUUUUCCUGAGAGGCUGUCAGGACGCGACUGGUUUCACCGUGCACAGGUUUUGACACCGGAGAAAUAAUGUCUUGUUCGUGCACCUCGGCUGCCAGGUUGUUCCUUAACACAGCCCACAGAGGACUGUCAUGCUCCCGGAUUCAGUUGUAUGGCCUGAGUCGUCAGGGGUUUCGGGAGACUCAUUUACCUCCCCUCCUACGUGUGAGGUCAUUUUCAGAAACUUCUGUCUGUUAUGCAUCUAAAGAUGGGACAACGAAGGACAGCGGCAGUGACGGUGGAAAGAAAAGCGUCAGUGAGGGGAAGAGAAUGUCUGGCUCUGGAGGGUCAGGAAAAGGUGGAAGUCAGCUCCGCUGCCCUAAAUGUGGAGACCCCUGCACGCACGUAGAGACCUUCGUAUCAUCUACACGAUUUGUCAAAUGUGAGAAGUGUCAUCACUUCUUCGUGGUCCUCUCUGAAACGGACUCUAAGAAAGGACUAAACAAAGAGCCAGAAUCUGCUGCGGAGGCUGUGAAACUGGCAUUUUCGCAGAAACCUCCUCCUCCUCCAAAGAAGAUAUACGCUUAUCUCGACAAGUACGUCGUUGGCCAGUCCUAUGCAAAAAAGGUGUUGGCAGUUGCGGUGUACAAUCACUACAAGCGCAUCUACAACAACAUCCCUGCUGGGAAUCGACAGCAGGUUGAGGUGGAAAAGCAGCCGUCUUUAACACCUCGUGAGCUAGAGAUGAGAAGACGAGAGGAUGAAUACAGAUUCACAAAGCUGCUGCAGAUCGCGGGGAUCAGCCCUCAUGGAAAUGCUCUUGGAGCGUCCAUGCAGCAGCAGGCGAGUCAGCAGGCACCUCAAGAGAGGAGGGGCGGCGAGGUCCUGGACUCCACACACGCCGAAAUUAAACUGGAGAAGAGCAACAUCAUACUUCUUGGUCCAACUGGUUCAGGAAAAACAUUGUUGGCUCAGACACUGGCACGUUGUCUGGACGUCCCAUUCGCGAUCUGUGACUGUACCACACUAACUCAAGCUGGAUACGUGGGAGAAGACAUCGAGUCGGUCAUUGCCAAACUUCUGCAAGAUGCCAACUACUCGGUGGACAAAGCGCAGCAAGGCAUUGUGUUCCUGGACGAGGUUGAUAAGAUCGGCAGCGUGCCUGGAAUCCAUCAGCUGAGAGACGUGGGUGGAGAAGGGGUCCAGCAGGGUUUGCUCAAACUCUUGGAGGGAACAAUUGUCAAUGUUCCUGAGAAAAACUCAAGGAAACUAAGAGGAGAAACGGUGCAGGUGGACACCACAAACAUUCUGUUUGUUGCAUCCGGCGCCUUCAAUGGACUCGACAGAAUCAUCAGCAGAAGGAAGAAUGAGAAGUAUUUGGGUUUUGGCACUCCCUCUAACCUGGGAAAAGGGCGCCGUGCGGCCGCUGCAGCCGAUUUGGCCAACUCCAGCGGCGAGACGGACACGGUGGCAGAGAUCGAGGAGAAGGACCGGCUGCUGAAGCACGUGGAGGCCAGGGACCUGAUCGAGUUUGGAAUGAUCCCAGAGUUCGUCGGUCGUCUUCCCGUCGUCGUUCCUCUGCACAGCCUGGAUGAAGAAACACUAGUCCGGAUCUUGACUGAACCACGAAACGCUGUGGUGCCCCAGUACCAGGCUCUGUUCAGCAUGGACAAAUGUGAACUCAAUGUGACUCAAGAUGCCUUGAGGGCCAUAGCCAGAAUGGCUUUGGAGAGAAAGACCGGAGCUCGUGGGCUCCGAUCAAUCAUGGAAAAACUCCUUCUGGAGCCCAUGUUCGAGGUGCCGCACUCUGACAUCAUGGCCGUCGAACUGAACAAAGAAGUUGUCCAAGGGAAGUCGCAACCCAGAUACAUCAGAGCUCCAGCCAAGGAGUCUUCAGAGGAGGAGUACGACUCCGGCAUCGAGGAGGAGAACUGGCCCCGACAGGCAGAUGCUGCUAACAACUGAACGACGCGCGACUCAUUUCACCUAAAGGCCCGAGCUGUCUGAAUCAUUAGUUUAAUAUGAACCUUUUGGAUACCGCGUCUGGUACCAACUCUUUUAUUGUAGCCCAUGACAAGUAAGCUCUGGACAUCACAGAGGAGGUAAUGGAGGCUGCCGGUGCUGACAAGUUUUUCAUGAUGAACAAGUUAAGAGAGCGUAACAACCUUUGGUCCCUGUGCGUCAGCUGUUAAUUCUCUGGUUGGGCACUCACAGGUCGGACCUUUAUAAAAUAUUUCAAUCUCUGGGGAUUGUUAACAUAUUUUAUCUAUAUAAAGAUAAUGCAAUUUUAUUCAUGAAAGUAUUUGUAGCUAGUUUAUUUGUUUUCUCUUUUUGUGGUGACGGGCGGUAAUGGCAAGGGAAGCAAAAGGAAAUGAUGGGAUCAUACUGUACACUUGGAAACACGGGCCGCUGAGAACGUGUAGAUGUCAUGUUACCAUGUUAAGUAAUGCCUUACAUCCUAAGGGCAUGAUAUUCCAUGAGCACAUCAAUAUUUUGAUGUUUUCUUCUCUACCACCAUUGUAAUAAUGGUGCUCACAGUAAAAAAAAUCAGCUGUAAAUGUUUAGCUACACUGCUUGGGUAGCAUUUGUAAGCAGUUUGUAUGACAUGACCUCUAAUUAGAAUACAUUGUAGUGACGUGUAACGCACCAGCACAUUAAACACAGCAGACGCGACAUAAUGGUGACCUUUAAACAGCCACAAUGGUUAUUUUUCAGUGUUUUUGCUUCCUCCUUUAGCCCACUCUUUAGGCAAUCUGUGUGUUUACUUAAAGACUCGGAUCAGAGGGCCGCUCCACAAAGCAGGAUUAGCACGUUCACUGGUCAUGAGAUAGCUUAUGAAAUUUUGUAAUAGCUGUCCUCCAGUAUUCAUAUCCAACUUAAUUGUCCAGAUCAGACAGAUAAUCCCCUUCACAUUAAGCCGCCUCCUGCUCUAAACCUGCUUUGAAAACAUCCCUCAGAAUAGCACAGAUAUUUUUAUUUUCUUCACCUCACCUUUAGUAAUGUAAUACCCUGUUACUAAAUGGUACCUGAAUACACGUCUGACUGAACCACGCUGCUGUACCUCAUCAAAGUAGAUAAAACUAGACCCCCCCCCCCCUUUUGCUUUAAGUUUCCAUUUCUUUCAGUAAAGAUUCAGAACUGCUUUUGUUUUCAGAGGUCUGUUACAGAACCUUUAAUCCCCCACGGAGUUUGUGAAUCUUAAAUUUAUUGUGAUUGUUUAAAAUAUAUAAAUAAAAUGUAUAUCUCUGUA